CCUACAUUUUCUUUGCCCCUCUGAGUCUGUGAAGGAGAGAUUAGGUGAGGAUUACAGCCCCAUUGGACCAGCUGGCCGCCGAAUUCAUCCUUCAAAUAUCUCAGGAAUGUUGAUAUCCUUUCACAUGUUGGGCAACCUGAAACCUGAGGGAGGCGCUAUUUUAUACAGACACCACCACUAUCAGACAGGUUGCUAGGUAAGUGCUGGGCAGGGAGUGCAGUCAAACACUGUACUCCAGUGGGUGCAACCUGGUGUGUGAAGCAGUUGAACAAAGUCGAGUUUGAGUCAAGAUUUAGGAGAUUCAUAAGAUACAUGGCGUUGGAGUCAUUGUUUAGGCAGUAUAAAGUCUACUUAAAGAAGUCUUUUUGAGGGGUAACAGGAGAAAUCGGGUCUGUUUUGCUUCAGUAAACCGCCUUCCUCUUCUACAAAGGACUGUCUGUGUGCUGUGCAGCAGGUGGAUAACUGCGCUCAGGUAAUGUAACACGAAACUCAACCAUGUGACCAAUGGCGAUGCGAGGAGUAGACGAGAAAAAAAAAAACUGUUUUACAUGAAAAACCAACUGCUAGUUCAGACGAGGAUGGCACUCAUGUAGUCUUUCUAAGUUACAGGUGAACUGUUUUUCGUCUUUUUUCAUUGGGCCGAACUGUGUUUUGUUGUAGUUUCAUUUUUUUGGCAAGGUGCAGCGGAAGCACUGUGGUUCAUAUGUGAGGAAUUAACCAGCUCGAUGUUUCCCGUUUCGCUUCGAUCACCUGGGAACAGCCUCAUCAGAAGGUACUGUAGGUUAUUUGUCAACAUAUUUUCAUCUCCCCCUUUAAAGCACUCAGUUUCAAAUACAUGUGUUAUUUCUUACCUAUUAUUUUCUUGUCCUGAGGGAGUUUAAAGUGAUUUAACAUCAGGCUUUAAGUGACUCAGUAGUUCUGGUGGACACUUUCUGACUCAGCCUCCCAUUAAAGGAGCCUCUCAUAGUGUCAAAGUAACCUCAAAUUGUCCUAACAUUGUGACACUGUGCCUCCAGCUCAGAUGAAUCCACGCAGUGAGCGUUGGAUCUAAAGAAAUGGACCCAAGUUGAUCCCCCCCCUUGAGUCCCAGUCUGCCCUCACUUGGCCUGCUGGUCCCAGGACGAGAUGGCAGCCAGUCCAGAGGCGAUGGCAGUACCUGGAGGAGUCGUGGUUGGGAGUGUUUUACUGCUGGUGCUGAGCAAUAAUCCUGUAUGGGGUGAGUCAGUAACCAUCCCUUUAUCUUCUACACUACUUCAUAAGCAAAACAUUUAACCACACCUUCACACAAACCCACUCACACACAAAUAUGCCAUAAAAUUCUGCAAUGAUUAAUAGAAAGAUUAAACACAGGGGGGCUUCCAAGUAAACCUGAAGCAUACACAGGCUUGUCAGCAUGUUGUAAGAAUAUCUAUAUUCCUAUAAUAAGACAAUGCAGUUUCACAGUGAGCAGCCUUCUCUCUUGAGCGUGACUGCCCCCUGCUUAACCCAUACUUUUUGUUAUCAAGUUGAACUUACAAAGUCCUUCAAAGUUUACUGUUUACCCCUGUGAAUGAUUGACUCAGAAAACGGCAGUGAGGGGUAUAAGUUCCCCAAAUACCCGCCCUUUGAAGUUAGUUUUGAUCCAUUUUUAACGCCUUAUUCAAACAUUCUUAUUGUUUUUCCAUAUUUACAAGCUACAGCUCGUGAACUUGUAGUUUGACUCAGCUGACUGUACAACAGCAGUACACUUUGCAUUCCUGCGCUCAUCCUCCUCCUCCUCCUACACUCUCCUGGUCAAGUUACUAUGUAGUUUUGUGAUGUCCCUGAGUGAUCACAUGGUCAGUCAUGGAUGAAACCUGUGGAAACAGCAUAACACUGGCAGGAUAUUUGGAUCACUGCAUUUUCACUUAUUGGAUGGAAGUCCCAAGUAUAUGGUUUAAGUGUUUCAGAUUGUUACUCACCAAAAUGUAUUUAUUGGAUAAGGUAGGCUGUCACUUCUGAAUUAAGAGUGUGCAAAAUGUUAUAUGAUCUCAGAUCAAGAUUUUGAAGAUACCCCAUGUAUUUUCAUCCAUCUUUAUUGGGAUAGUUUUUUUUUUCUGUAUUUACACCUGAUAUAAGAAAAAAUGCUUCUUUUAGGGGUAUGUUAUUCCCUUUCUCCAAAAUGGUCUGUAAUUAAGAUGAGACAAUAAAUACCACCAUGGGUUAAUAUGCAGCUGCUUAUGACUGGAAAUAAAGAAACCAAGCUUGCUUUGCGUUGUUAAGGUAUGAAAAAUCAAUCUAGUAGCACCUUUAAAGCAUCUCUUUUUUGCCUAAAUUGGUCAUGAAACCAUAUACAACAAAAAGGAAAAAGAAAACUAAGACAGGAGAUGCACAGCUAGAAAGUUGACAGGAAACUAACCGAAGGCCUCAGUUUUAAAUCAGUGUUGUAAGUCUUGGAGAAAGAAAAUACAUCAACAGAGAUCACUUAAAGAAAUAAAAUCAAUAAAAUUAGGCUAAAAAAGCUUAUUUAUUGAUUAUAGUGUACGGAUGAGGAAAAAGUUUGCCACAUUUGUAGGGGAGUAUUGGGAAAGACAAAAAUAUUAAUUGCUGCAAAAAAACAACUUAGUAGUUCAGAAUGAUGCUCCAGUUAUCAUCCUCUAUAAUUUUCUAUUUACACAUUGCUUCUAUUGUUUAACUGUUUUGCAACUUUAACAAUUUAGAGGGGGUGUUUUUGUCACGCUUUACUGCUUCUUGGCCGGGACCAUGAAAUCCCUCUUUGCUCGUUGCCUGGAAAGUUGUCCAGCUCACUAGAUUAUUCCCCAAACUGACAAACAAUACCAGUAAAUUGAAACAGAACUCCAGAGAGAUCAGUCAUAGCUUCGAUGGGUUACACAGUCUAUGUUUUCUUGUAAUAUCUCACUGGUUUGCCGAGAGGUAAAAACAAAAAUAAAGCGUUCACAAGAUUGGCUAAGCAGCUUUGGUCCCGGUAAUGUUUGUGUUGUUCGCACAGUGUUCCUGAUGUGACUUCUUUAUUUUCACAGGAAAUUUCACCACUGCUGCAGGUGGAACCUCCAAUAAAACCACAGUGAGUAAACAACUUUUCCAGCAUUAUUAAUCUGAUCAUCUCCACUGUCACUGAUCUAAUCGCUAUCCUGUAUAUUUCAUUUUCAGGAGACAGACAUCGCAGCUAUUGUUGCCCCUACGGUCACCCUGAGUAUUCUGGCCAUAGUCGGGGCUGUUCUCGCCUGGCUGUUCUGCGUGGUGAAAAAGAAGAGACAAACUGAAGGGACAUAUAGACCCAGCGCAGAGGAACAGUCUGGCUCGUGCAGCACAGUGACGCCAGAUGCAUUAAAAUUACCAAAAGAGGAAAGACUGAUAUGAGAUUCUGUGCAUCAUGUUUGCACGCAAUCCUACAGUAACAAUGGUUGCAGAUGUUUGUGCUGCGCGAGUGUGUGACGAGGCUCUUUCUCGGAGCUGAUACAUGAAAGAAAAGACAAGUUGCCAAGUGUGUUCGCUCAAAUGUGAUGUUUUACUUCAACGCUAUAACAAGCAUCAAACAGUUCUUGGAAGGCACUACAGAGAAGAAGAAAAACACCUGGAUGAGUGGAUCUAACUGAUUUCAAGAAAAAAACAGAACAUUUCAAGGAGGUUUUGAACAUUUCUUCAUUUUAAAUGAAAUGAUAUCUGCAGUAUUUUAUUACAAUUGAUGAUUUGAGAGAAGAGAUAUUUUACUUGUUUAUGUUUUAAUAUACAUUUAACCAUGCACCUACUCUUGAUUUGAUUGUGUAACAUGGCUCACUAUCACCUACAUCAACUACAGAUCCUUUACCUCAGCUGUGAUCUGCCAUCUUAUCAACAUACAAAGUUUUAGAAAAAGCUGGAGUUCAAAUGGGGUUUUGGUGAUUAUUUCAAAUUGUUUACACUCAAAAUUCCUUAUGUAAUCAAAGUCCAACAAGCAGUGCAAAAUGCAUCUUAAUCAAGCAGAUACUGUAUUUUUAAAUAUCACCUAUUUAUGCUUUUGUCAAAUAAAUCAAAAAAAGUUUGUGUUUGAAUUAUUUUAUGAAGCAAAGGCCCUGAAACAUUUAAAGCAUCUCUGCGUCCAAUUUCAUCCUGCUGUAAAGUAUUUAACGUGUGCAACCUUUCUUAACCUUCCUCCUCCUGUUUAGCUGUUACUAUGCACCCACUAUGUUAAGGGUCGGUUUUGACCCGUGUCUUAAAUCAGCUGCAAAUUACACUAAAAUCAUUUCUCUGUCAUCCAAUUUGGUUCUCAUCUCUAGGUUAACUUGUUAGGCUUCAUUAUCCAUGAAAAUAUUGCCUCUGGACCUUUCUUUGUCAUCUAUACUGAAUUGAUCUUACAUGUCUGGACAUGCCCAAUGUUGUUUUUUUGUGCAGGGAAAAACAUGGUAAAAUGAGAAUUUCCUAAAUCUCACAUGAUUGGAAGAGGAUCUGACUGUCAGUGUGGCGCCUGACAGUGCUCAUAUGAUUUCAGUUUUUGCUCUAAUUAUUGGGUAUUGAUCUAACCGGGUCAACAGUGACCCUUACACAACAAGUGGCAUAAUUUUGAUAAGAGCAUUUUAUAAUUUAGUCAAUUUAAUUUUUUGUUUUUAUUUUGUUGAAAUAGAUGUUCCUGACAAAGUCAAAAAGUCUUGAUGUACAAAAGCUAAUUUAAGUGGGUUUUUUAAGCAUUUAAAAUAAAAAACAGGUCAGUGAAGACCCUAACACAGGAAGAGGGUUAAAACAGGCCAAGAAAGGGUCCGGUAUACAAGACCAAGACUAAGACCAUGAACUUGCACAGUUAAUCAUAGCGUGAUGAAACAGAGAGGUAUAUAAGAAGGCCUGCUAGCCAUGCAAGGUGGGAAAAGUUUGGCUCCAGUAGUUGAAACAUGGGGGAGAGAGAUGCUUGGACACAGCAUGGAUUUCCUCCUGUGAGUUCCAUGAAACGCGAAAGUCACUGUUAGUGUCUUGGGGUAACUGAGAUUUUUUUAGAGAAAAAUGGCAAAAAUAAAAGAGAGGAAUUAUACCUACUGCUCCAAAACGUUGGUUAGUAAUAUAAUAAACUACAUGUUGCUGCUGUUCAAA